AUGGGAGAAAUUGGAAGCUAUCAACUAUUAUGUCCAAUUGGUGAAGGUGCAUCAAGUACAGUUUACUGUGCUAAAAACAAUGAUACCAACGAUAAUUGCUGUAUAAAGCUUAUCAAAAAAUCCCGAUCAGAAAAUUGUUUCCUGGAUAUCGAAAGCAAAGUCCUCCCAACAUUGAAUCACCCAAACAUAGUAAAAUUCAUUGAUUUCCUAGAAGAUGUAGAUAACUUUUACCUUGUUGAAGAAUUAUGCUGUGGAGAAACUCUUACACAUUACAUGGAAAGCGGUAAAAUCUUAACCGAUAGCGCUAUCUUAUCUAUUAUGCAGCAGUUACUAUCAGCUAUCCAGUACAUUCACUACAAAGGAAUUAGUCAUCGAGAUUUGAAGACAGAUAAUAUCAUAAUAUCUAAUGCAAAUACCAUAAAAUUAAUUGAUUUUGGUCUAUCCACAGACAACAACUCCCAAAUGAGAGCAACGUUCUGUGGUUCAGUUGCGUUCGCAUCUCCAGAAUGUAUCAAUCACCUGAACUACGAUUCUAAGUCAGCUGAUAUUUGGUCUUGUGGAGUCAUAUGUUAUUAUCUUGCUACAGGUUCUAUCCCAUGGAAAGGAAAGAAUAUCGUUCAAAUUAUGAGAAGUAUCACAACUGUAAAUUACACAAUUCCAAGUACUGUAUCGCUCCCUGUUAAGAGUAUUAUCCAGCAAUGCCUUCAGCUAGAUCCAGUAAAAAGGCCAUCUGCAAGUAAAUUACUAGAAUCACCAUUCUUCAGUACAAAGGUUAGAAGAUCUCCAAGACUUUUACGUGUAGAAAAUUCAUGCGGUCAAUUCCCAAAGCAUUCUAUUGUUCAACCACCUGCAGAAGUUCGAAAAUCUGCUAGGAGAAGGCCAAAAAUCUACUCUCUGUGA